AUGUCUUUGGGAAAAAUAUGCAAAAGCAUAUCACAGGCACUACCUGCAGCUGUGGCUUGGUCUCUGAUUGUCGUCUGUACAGGAUGCUUUUUUUAUUUACUCGCACCAGCAAUAGUUCGGCAGUUUUCAAUAUGGGGCUACUUGAUGUGUGCUGUAGAUGCCGUUUUAUUUCUUUGUGUUAUGUCUAAUUUAUUUAUGGCUACUGCAAUGGAUCCUGGCAUACACCCUGUUGCAAGUGCUGCGGAAGAAACGCAGUUAGAUGAUUUUCGAUCACCACUUUAUAAAAAUGUAGAAAUAAAUGGCAUCACCGUUCGGAUGAAAUGGUGCGUUACAUGUAAAUUCUAUCGACCACCAAGAGCGUCACAUUGCUCAGUUUGUAAUCGAUGUAUAGACGCUUUUGAUCACCACUGUCCGUGGGUGCAUAACUGUGUUGGUCGACGCAAUUAUCGUUACUUUUUUUUAUUUUUAUUUUUUCUUAGUCUGCAUAUGGCUUGUGUUUUCUCACUGGCGCUCAGUUACACUAUUUUUAACAGGACAGAUCUGCUAACAAGGCCUAAUAUAUGUUCAAUUGUUUUGAUGGUAUUAUGCGUAUUGUUGGCUGUACCUGUUAUUGGUUUAACUGGAUUUCAUGUGGUUUUAGUUGUUCGUGGUCGUACAACUAACGAACAAGUUACGGGGAAGUUUCGCUCAGGAUACAAUCCAUUUACAAUUGGCUGUUGGGGCAAUAUACGGCGAACUCUAUGUGCAAGUCAAUAUCCUGCAUUCGAGAAAGUGAUAGCAAGGAAAAAUCGAAAACUUGAGAAAAAUUAUAAGAGUGGAGUGCCGAGUGUGGUUUAUGUACCUGAAAAUUCUUUCUCUAAAGGAGGUGGUCACAUUAGGAUGCGACAAGUAGCAGAAGAUGAUCAGUCUGUUGGAACUGCAGUUUCAGUAGGCCAGUCAUUUAAGAAAAAUAUAUCAGAUAGGGGAUCUAAAUGUAAUUUAUUUAACGAACAGGAUAACAAAAAUUCACGCCGACAGAGCGCUAUGUAUCAGGCUGCUGUGGAAGAAUCUAUGCGUUCAGCGCAUACUCAGGUCGUUCCACAAUAUAGUGUGAAUGAAAAUAAUCCAUCUCCUCUGGCAGGUAAUGAUAAAAGGCAGACUUCUUCGUCUGUUGUGGCGAAUGAUUUCGAAAUAAUCAGGUCUAGAAGUUUAUUUGCAAAUGUCAAUUCUGAUUCCACUGGUGGUUUCCGUUUUGUCGAAAAUGGUGGGCAAGUAAUUGAUAGAUCAAAACCUUUAAAAUUUACAGAUGCAGUACGUAUUCACGAAAGUUUAAGUGCUCAUAAUGUCAAUUCAUAA